AUGGCGCCCACGAGAUACGCCGCCGAGGCCGUCGACCCCACACCCCUGGCGGAACCCCUCAAGUUCGAGUUCUCGGGCAAGGUCGCCAAGAACCGUUUCCUCAAGGGUGCCAUGACGGAGCGCCUCUCGACCUGGGACCCGAAAACGCUUGCCAACCGCGGCGUCCCGACCCCGGAGCUUGUGAACCUCUACCGGCGCUGGGGCGAGGGCGACUUUGGCGUCCUGCUGUCUGGCAACGUGAUGCUCGACUACGACCAGCUCGAGGCCGCGGGCAACCCCAUCAUCCCGCUCGACGCCCCCUUCGAGGGCGAGCGCUUCGAGGGGUUCCGCAAGAUUGCCGAGGCGGCGAGGGCGCAUGGGAGCUUGUUGCACGCGCAGCUCAGUCACCCUGGACGACAGGUCGAGCAGCGGAUUAAUGCUAACCCCAUCUCGGCGAGCGAUGUCCAGCUCGAGGGGGAUAUCAUGGGUAUGCGGUUUGCGAAGCCGCGCGCCAUGGAGAAGGCGGAUUUUGAAAAGGUGAUUGGCGGGUUCGCGCACGCGGCCGAGUACGUGUACAAGGCUGGUUUUGACGGAGUCGAGCUUCACGGCGCACACGGCUACCUCCUCGCGCAAUUCCUCUCGCCGACGACGAACAAGCGCACGGAUCAGUACGGCGGAUCUCUGACGAACCGGGCGCGCAUCAUCCUCGAGAUCGCCGACGCCAUCCGCGCGCGCGUCCCCGACCCGUCCUUUAGCAUCGGCAUCAAGGUCAACAGCGUCGAGUUCCAAGAGGGCGGCUUCUCCACGGAAGACUGCCGGGACCUCUGCGCCGCGCUCGAGGCGCACGGCUUCGACUUUGUCGAGUUGUCCGGCGGGACGUACCAGAGCCUCGCGUUUGAGCACAAGCGCGAGUCGACCAAGAAGCGCGAGGCCUUCUUUUUGGAUUUUGCGGAAAAGAUUAUCCCGCAGCUGAAGAAGACCAAGGCGUACGUGACGGGCGGGCUGAGGACUGUGCCGGCCAUGGUGGAGGCGCUCAAGACGGUGCACGGGAUCGGUCUGGCGAGGCCGGCAUGUAACGAGGUUGACCUGCCGCGAAAGAUUAUUGCGGGCGAGGCGUCGGCGGCGAUUGAUACGCUGCUUGGGGAGCAGGAUUUUGGGCUGACGAAUUUGCUGGCCGGUACGCAGAUGAGGCUCAUUGGGCGGGAUCGGGAGCCGUUGGAUGUAACGCAGGAGAAGUACAAGAAUGUGUUUUUGCAGUCGUUGGGUAAGUGGGCGGAGGAGAUGGGGAAGAACGAGGACGGAAGCAAGUAUGGAUAUAUUGAUAUUGAGGGUUUGGAGCUGCAGCCUUUUGGGAAGCCGAUCGAGCCCUCCCUCCGCGUCCGACGCGCCAUCACGGCAAACGACGCCCUCCUCGUCAAACGCAUCCUCAAAUCCCAUCCCCGCCUCCUCCACAACCCAGACAGCUCCCCCGAAGCCCUCUCCAACUCGAACCUCCACCUCGCCGCCUCCCUAGGCCACCUCGGCAUCUGCAAAGUCCUCGUCAACCUAGGCCACGAAGACCCGGACCCAGCCCUCAACGAGCACCACCAGACGGCUCUGAUGCUCGCCGCCGCCGCCGGCCACAUCGACGUCGUCCACUUCCUCUGCGAGCGCACCCCCAACGUCAUCCUCCGCCGCGACAUACGCUGGCGCGACGCCAUGAUGGAAGCCAGCCGCGGCGGCCACGACACGGUGCUGCAGAUUUUGCUGACCUACGUACCCGAGGGCGCCCGCGCCGCCGUCCAGAGAGCGGAUCUGGACGGCAACACGGCGCUGCACUUUGCGAGCAGUAACGGCAACCUGCUCGUCCUGCGCACGCUGCUGGCCGCCGGCGCCGACGCCGAGAGGAGGAACGUGUGGAGCUGGACCGCCAUGUCGUACAGCGCCACCGUCCAGGCCGAGGUUUACCUCAAGGGGCUUGUUACCGAGGUCGAGCGCCGCAAGAUGGUGCGGCAGGAGGUUGAGCAGCUGAAGCACUCUGUCAAAGGGGCGGCUAGCAUCAAGGGUGGUGCCGUGCGCGUAGUCGAGGAGGACAUCGAGGUUGAAGAUUGA